AUGGCGGAUGCUGCAUGCUUGGCUCUGAGACUGCUAGCAGCACUACGCGAGGAGGAAGCGCGGGCUGUGGAGGAGCUGCUGCGCCUCGGGGCGGACCCCAACCUGGUGUUGGACGAUGGCGCGGCGGCGGUGCACCUGGCAGCCAGAGCGAGCCACCCGCGCGCCCUGCAUUGUCUUCGGAUGCUGCUGCGCUGGGGAGCGGAUCCCAAUGCUCUGUCCGCGGAGGGGCUGACGCCUGUUCAUGUGGCUGCCGCAUGGGGCUGUUGCGGUGCCCUGGAGUUGCUGCUGAGCCGAGGGGGUGACCCCACACUGCGGGACCAGGAUGGGCUCAGGCCCUUGGACUGGGCACUACAGCAGCGACACAAUAACUGCGCUCGAGUGCUGCAGGAGCUGGACACGCCCACCCAGCCAGAUGAGACCCGAGAGCCCACAGAGACGUUACAUGUAGCCCAGGGUAGCUUUGAAACUGAAACAUGCCAAGGACCUGCCUUAGCAGGGUCUUCUGGAGUUUCUCAAGAUUCGGAGUUGCACAUGCAUAGAGCUGAGCUGGAGGUGGAGGCUGUAGAGGUGGCUGUUCAUCCCCAGAGCUCUGAGGCCACCGAAAACUCAGACUACAGCAGCGAUGCUUCGUUUGUCACUGCAUUGGAGGACUCUCUGCAGCCCGGGCGCCCUGGGGGGGCAUUGGAGCUAGUGGCCGGCUUGUGGGUAACCCGUGGGGCUGUGUCAGCUGGGAAGGGAGCACCCAACUGCCAGCCGCAGGUCCUGACGUUGACUGCAAGGGAAACGGACAAACCCGUACUGCCUGGUGAUGGGGAUCUGGGGGCUUCGCACCCCCACAGUUCGGUGCCCCCCAUGUCGGACCUGCAGCUCCUCCAGGCCCUGCGGGCACUGGGCUAUAGCCCUGGACCCGUCACACCUUUCACCAGAGGACACUAUCUACGGCGGCUGCAGGAAGCCCAGGCUAGCCGUGCUGAUGUAGGGCAUAGCCAAGAACUGGCAGAGGCACUAAGGACAGGUACCAUCCCUGACUGCCAGGUGGAUGAGGAAGCCCUGGCUCAGUGCUUUCAGCGGCUGGAUCCCUUGAAGAAGUGGCGGGAAGGCAUUACAAAGUCUAGUUUUACGUAUCUACUUCUCGACCCCAGGCUGACAAAGGACCUGCCUGCCCGAGCCUCUUCCCUCACACUAGCUGAGUGUCUGCAAUGUUUCGUGCGAGCCAUCUUCUAUGUGGGCAAGGGGACCCGAGCCCGGCCAGAUGCCCACCUUUGGGAAGCCCUUGGCUACCAUAACCAGCCAAGGAAACAGGUCUGUCCCAAGGUUCGCCGGAUCUUAGACAUCUGGGAUAGCGGCCGGGGCAUCAUCUCUCUGCACUGCUUCCAACAUGUGGUGGCCAUGGAAGCGUACACCCGGGAAGCCUGUCUGUUGGAUGCCCUAGGUCUCCAGACACUGACCAACCAGAAACAAGGGCACUACUAUGGAGUGGUUGCCCAUUGGCCACCUCCUCGGCGUCGGCGUUUGGGGGUGCACCUGCUACAGCGUGCUCUGCUGGUCUUCCUGGCUGAGGGAGAGAGAGAGCUGAGGCCUCAGGACAUUCAGGCUCGAGGUUGA